AUGUGAUCUCUAAUAAUAUUGUUCUUUCAGCAACAAACCUAUGAUGUUGGUCAUUCACAAGACUUGGUGUGGAGCAUGUAAAGCAUUAAAACCCAAGUUUGCUGCCAGUGAAGAAAUACUUAAAUUAAGCAGUGACUUUGUGAUGGUCAACGUAGAGGAUGACGAGGAACCUGAAGGGUCUCAAUUUCAACCCGACGGUGGAUACAUUCCUCGUAUACUCUUUCUAAACUCAGAUGGCGUAGUUCAACCUGACCUAAUCAACACGUUAGGAAAUCCCCAAUACAAGUACUUCUAUUCAAAUGCUCUAAUGGUGACUGAAGCAAUGAAGUCUGCAGUCAAAGCACUGGGAGGAAGCAGAAAUGAUGAGUUGUGACAUGGAUCUCUAGUUUAAACUAUUUAUCAAGCAAUAAUGGCAGGUGCCCACUCUUGUGAUGUAAACACUAGGGCCCGAAUCCACAAAGGACGUUCAACUUAACCCAUGGUUUAAAAAUUAGUGCAAAAUAAGCGUUGCUUGCCUUGCGCGCGUCUUAUAUUGGACCUCUGUCUGUGUCGCGCUUAUGGGUUAUGUAAAUUAAGAUUUAAACCAUGGGUUGAAUUUAAACCUCUUUGUGAAUUUGGGCCUUUAUGAUUUGUCUAUCAAGAGACAGAAAGGUGCUAACUCUUUCUAAAAGUGUAUGACAGGCCUUUUGAUGUCCCUUACUAAUGCUACUUAUCUUGACAAGAAUAAGACAUUUAAACAUAAUUCUUUUUCACAAUAUGAUACAAGUAAAGCACAAGUUCACCAUUUUCUGAUGGUCAGAAUAACAUUACCUCAUAUAAUGUAUACUAUUUAUAUGCGAUGCAGAUAUCGUCCCUUUGCCACAUGUUAGCCAAUGUUAUUCUUUUAUGGGAUAGAUAUAGGCCUACCAAAGGCUUUCAAGAUUAUUUAACUAUGUCCAGUGCAAGAUUAAUCUAUUUUAAUUUUGCAAAAUCAUGAUGCACAAUUAAUCGUGUUGUUUAGUGGUGUCUCUAUCAUUUUGUGCACGUGUGGUAAACAAGUGACCUUGCAGAGAGUUGAAGAAAGCACCCAAAAUGUUAAUGCCUCACUGGCUUUCGAGUGUAAACUUUGUUUGAAGUUAAUAUUGUACUGUGGUUAAAACAGAUAUAUAUUCUAAUGGUUUGUUCGUUCAUGUCUCCUUAGAUCAGGAUAGUUAUGUAAAGUUCCUUAAUUAAAUUAAAUUUUAAAUAAAGUUCUUCCAGUCCAAUUGCUGCAAUGGUCGUUUCAUUAACAAGGGCCAGGUCUUCAUCUGUAAUAGUGAUUCAUGCCUUUGAAGAUGGUUCAUGGUAUACUUGGUACAAAAUAAUCGUUUCUUUGAGACCAACAUCACAGACAUACACACACUAGUAUUCAACAUCGCAAACUGGAUACUUAGUUAGAAUAGGAUACUUAGAAAAGGAUUUUAGGAGUGAUAAGAUUUGUUAGGUGCAUGUAAAUGUUAGAAAUAUUCUGUAGCUGAAUUUUUAUUAGUUUUUCAUAACUUAAU